UGCAAACACAGGUUUAUCAAAAAAAAAAAAAAAUCUUUGUGAAAUAUAGGUGUGCUCCAAUUAUUGGCAGCCCUAUGAAUUCAUAUAAGAAAAAUAUAUUUGUAUUGAAGUAAAUUCCCAUUUAUAUUUAAAGAUUUUUUAGUAUACCUGGGUGACUAUGAGCAGGAAAUUGUUCAACCAUGACUUCCUGUUUCACAGUGGUAAAAUAUGAGGUAACAGACAGGCCAAAUUCCCUUAGUCUUUCAUAACAAUGGGUAAGACGAAGGAAUAUAACUGUGAUGUGCGGCAAAAGGUUGUUGAGCUUCACAAAAUGGGAAGCGGCUAUAAGAAAACAGCACAAGCAUUGAAAAUGCCCAUUUCCACCAUCAGGGCAAUAAUUAAGAAGUUCCAGUCAACUGGAAAUGUUAUGAAUCAACCUGGAAUUAGACUUGUGUCUGUGUUGUCUCAACACACUUUGAAGAGGAUGGUUCGAGUAGCCAAAAAAUCUCCAAGGAUCACAGCUGGAGAACUUCAGAAGUUAGGUGCGUCUUGGGGUCAGAAAGUCUCCAAAACUACAAUCCAAAUCGCCACAUGUUUUUUGGAAGGGGUUCAAGAAAAAAAGCAAAACGUUAAAUAAUAAAGACAGUUUUUCCACAGCAUUCUUCGCUCAUAUUCAUCAAAUGUGCCAAUAUUAGGGGAGGGCACUGUAUCUUCUGCUUUCCAUGCCAGUCAGAGCUGAAUCUAAAAACGUGGUGUUGUCCUUUAGUAUGAUUAAGUGAUUGACUUUUAAUUCAGAAAUAAGAGAGAUGUGAGAGUCUGUGUGAGUUCUUUUUCAAUCUCUUUCUGAACAUUAAAUAUUUUGUAUAUUUGGAAAAGAGAUAUAAAAACCCCACACUCUCUCAAGCUACAAGGAAGAAAUUUAUCAAGACCCCGGUCGUAGAAUGAACUUCAUCUGGCUGUCUGAACAGCUGAGACUAAGCACUUAAAUCAGCACGUUGUUCAUCUGUUAUUUGAAAGAAAGAAAAUAAGAAAAAAUACAAAAAUACACCUUUGUGUUGUGUUCACUUUUCAUACUGGACUAACCUUCCCAACAGGGUUUUUAGACUGAUGUUACUCUUAGUCCCUGAACUAGUGAGCUGGCAUGAGGGUGUUUUUGACAGAGACACCAAAGCACUUCUGUAAGACGGUGUGGAUAGGGAGCUGGCUAAAUUCUGUAAACUUUACUCAGUAUAAUAAAUGUUACCACCUAAUUUUGCAUGCAGUUGAAUAGAUUCAGUUAGUAUUUCUUUUAAGAGCCUAGGUUAUUGAUGUUGAUUGAUGGCAUAGAUAAUAAUCUAUUUAAAAAUUAAUGGGCACAGUUUAUGGCCCUUCAAGGGCUCACAAAAAUGCUGAUGUAACCCACCUAGAAUUUGAGCUUGACACCCCUGAAAUAAGCAGUAAGAGCCACUGCAGACAGGCUGCAUAAUUGUUGGAUGAAUAAUGUGCUACUCUCUGGCACCUUGUGCACUGAGUCAGAAAUGUCAUUCAUCAUAAUCACAUUAUCUUGCAUUAAAGUCAGCAGUUAUGAGUCAGCCGGCUUAUUGUGUUUGUAUGAGGAGCUUUAUAAGACUAAAAAACACACAUUGUGAAAAACCUCAUAUAGUGUUGGGCCUGGAAUGUCACUAGACAUUAAUGACAUCUGGGGCUUAACCUGAAAGUACCACAUUAUUGACCAUAUGUGCCUAAUUCAAGGCCAAUGGGCCAAAUAUGGCUUGCUGCCUCAUUUCAUUCAGCCUGCACUUGCAAACUUGCUAAACAUAAUACUGAAACACCCUGUAGUACCUAGAACGUACCAUUUUCACACUAUCCACAGCAGACCCAUAACAUAGCGAUUGCCUGUGUUCUGCAUGCACGACUGUGCGUCUCACAGGGCUGAAAUGCUGUUUAGAAUCUAUGCCUAUCUGCUGCUUUCGAUGCCAGUCAGACCCACAUCUAAAAAUGAUUCAGAAAUGUUUCGGUUGUUGCCCCUUAGUGUGAUUCAAUGACUGAUUCCAAAUCCUGAAACGUAUCACCCAGUGUAGAGACCUACGAAUAUAUAUGUUGAAAAAAUAAAAUGUGGUGGAGCGUGGAAACAAGAGAGAUGGGACACUAAGGACAUGUAUGUUCUUAACGUACAAGCCCGUGUGACUUCCUAAAUACAACAGUUGGAUCUGGUCCACUAAUUUGAUUGGUUGAGCGGCAUUCCAAGAGCGCCUAUAUUUCCUGCAACUGCACUCGGACAUUUCACUGUGUGUAUCACUCUGCUCAUGUGUUCUCCACAUAAAAUUCCACUUCCUGGUUCAAAACGGUUCUUACAGUAGCGUUAGUGACAUCAUCAGCAGACAUGACAAGCAAUAUUUUUCAGGAGUAUAACUUUUGGCUUAAAAUAUGAAAGCUUGUCAGUUGAAGAUGAAAAGGAAGAGGGAUGCCAGUUUUACCAGAAGGACCUUUAACGGGAAUAUACAACUCAAUUUGAGCUAGCUAGUGAGCUAAUCGUCAUGCUAUAAUGUGAGUGUGGCUUCUUCUGAAUCUACAAUGUCCUACAAAAAUAUUGGAUCACUGACAUCACCAAAUUGUUGGUUUCUUCUUUUGUGUUGCUUUUCCAAGCUUUUACUGGUUUCUCCCUUCAGUCUCCUCUUCAGGAGGUGAAAUGCAUGCUUAUUGGGUUAAGGUCUUGUGAUCGGUCUUCCACCUUUUCCCCCAAUGUAGUACUUUGUUGAGUUGGCAGUGUGUUUUGGAUCAGUGUCUUACUGCAUAAUAAAGUUUCUUCCAACUAAUUUAGUUGCAUUUCUCUGUAAAUUGGCCAACAAUAUGUUCUUGUAGACUUCUGAAUUCAUCCUGCUGCUACCAUCAUGAGUUACAGCAUCAAUAAAGAUUAGUGAGCCUGAUAUAGAAGCAGCCAUGCAAGCCCAAGCCAUGAUGACACGACCUCCACCAUGUUGCAUAGAUGAGCUUAUAUGUUUUGGAUCAUGAGAUCUUUUCUUUCUCCACACUUUGACCUUUCCAUCACUUUGGUUGAGGUUAAUCUUGGUUCCAGAACAUUUGUGACUCAUCUCUGUAUUUCUUUGUGAAUUCCAGCCUGGCUUUCUGAUUCUUACUGCUGAUGAGUGGUUUACAUCUUGUUGUAUGUUUCUGCUCUCAAAGUCUUCUUCAAAUGGCAGAUUAUGACACCUUCACCCCUGUGCUGUGGAGGUUGAUGGUGAUGUCACUGACAGUUGUUUUGGUUUUUUCUUCACAGCUCUCACAAUGUUUUUGUCAUCAGCUGUUUUCCUUGGCUGACCCAUUCAGUGUCUGUUGCUCAGUACACCAGUGGUUUCUUUCUUUUUCAGGACAUUCCAAAUUGUUGUUUUGGCUAUGCCCCAUGCUUGUGCAGUGCCUCUGAUUGAUUUUCCCUCUUUUCUCAGCUUCAAAAUGGCUCGCGUUUCUCCCAUAGAUAGCUCUUUGAUCUUCAUGUUGGUUUAUGCUUUUUAAUAACAAAUGCAGCGUUCACAGGUGAAACUGAAGCCUAAAACCAAGAGUAGAUGUUCAGAGCUAUUUAUUAUUUAAACAAUCAAUCUAACAGGUCACACCUGGUUACCAAGUAACACCUGUCAGUCACACGUUCCAAUAUUUUUUCUCACUUACAAAUUGGGUGGUGUGCUAUGUUCUAUAUGUCUACAUAUAAAUACCAGGAAAGAAGCACUGAAAUUUUAAACUCUCUUCUCAUAUUCAUGUUUUGUUCUCAAACCCAAAUGUCUACAUCAAAAAAUAAAUUUAACACAGGUAAGUGCAGUACUUCAUACACAGUGAUAUCACAGUGACAAUUUUUUUAUGACUCAUCAAUGGCUCAUGAAAAUACUGAAUUUGAGUUCAGUGCAACAAAUAAGUUUAUGGACUAUAGAAUAAUAAGUGUUUAAAUAUUGAAUCAUUUAGAUAUGAGUCACAUACUUUAUUGUAUGAUUUUGUUUAUGUUGAGGGAUCUCACUGUGAUUCUCUAUUACAGAAAAGCUUUAUUUUGCGAUUAUUAUGUGCACUGACACUCAUUUCCAUGUUUUGCUUGACUCCACUCAGCUCCAGUAAGUUAUUGGAAACUCUUUCACAAUUGUGAAUCUAUAGUUGUGGUAUUGUUACCUGAGAAUGAGUGAAGUGAUAGUCUAUAAGUGCAUGAGUGCUUUUAGAUAUGCAGCGUUUAGUGGUUGGAAUUGAACUGUGGUGCAUGGACACUCAUCAGUGUGGUUUGUUUUCGCAGGUAUGAACACAGUAAUUGCACUUGGGUGCAGACCAAAAAAAAAUGCUUCCAAAAAAGAAAAAGAUCUCCACCUUGGGUCAGCUUCAGUAAAAAAGGGAUUCAAACCUGACUUUCGUUUGGAGCUAGUUGUUUGUUAUUUAUAUUCUUGUUUAAUUAUUUAUUUAACACUGGCUCAAAUUUGCCAAAGGUUUGUUUACCUUUGCCUUUUCUGUAUAUCUGAGCAUGGAAUAAAAGCUUGUUUGUUUUAGCCUUGUCCCCUCUACAUGACCCUGUUUGCAUUUUUAUUUGUUUAAUUAUGUGUAGUGUGAAGCCAAGCCAAACCCAAUAGCACAAAUAUCAAGUUCAUUCUAAUUUGGACUCUGCAAAUGGUCUGAAAGUGUGAAAGUGUCCUAUAACUCAUUGCAUACAUAUGCAUUUUAGAUACAUCACAUAUAUGACAACAGAAAGUUUACAUGGACAACAAUAAUCCGAUAUUAACCCAAUUAAGUCAAUACUCUGAUUAAGAAACUACCAUGAAAACAGCGGUUAUUGAUUACCUAGAGCCGACUAAAGUCAUACUUUAAAGUAUGUAAACAUACUUUAAACAUACGAAGUAAACACAAUUAAGACAUGUGGAGUAUCCCUACUUUAGUCGCAUCAUCAACGUGCACUACAGACAUGUACACACCUUAAUCACACUAUUAACGUCGUAUGGAAGUUUUCACCGCAUUUUACGACAGGACACACACACACGGCAGUGCUCAACUGUUUUACAGCAAACAGGAGCGCAUGGCUGCAUCCGAAACUUACCUACUGUAUAGUAGGUGAAACACAUGUAUUUCUAUGUACUAUACAGUAGGUAAGUACGCGGUUUGGGACGCAGCCCAGAUCUUCAAGCAGUCGUCUAUUUGCACGUACAGCCUGACAAAUAAUUAACUGCACUUGAAGCUUUCGUAAAAUAAAAAAUGAAAACACCCAAAACUGUAUACGGUACCAUAACGAGGAUGAACUGUAUGUUGAUGUGUGAAAUUCUGGAGGGAACGUGGCAUGGUGUGGCACGGUGACGUAAUGACGUGUGCUGUUAAUCGAUCUAUGAUCUAUAACAUGUAAAACAGGAACAUGAAAGGAAUAUUCUAAAAGCAAUUCAUGUAAACACAUUAAUCCCAAUUUUAUCUUAUUCAGAUAAGGUCAAUAAUUAGAUUAUUGCUGUCCACACUAGUCAGUGUCUCAGCUCUCUUGUUCUUUUUUUUUUUUGACUCACAUAAUGAUAUAGUUCAGAUUCUCUCUCUGUAUGUUUUCGCGUUGUGUGUGUGUGUGUGUGUGUGUGUGUGUGUGUGUGUGUGUGUGUGUGCCUUCCAGUGCAUGAGUAUUCUCUCUGGGUAUGCUGAGAGAUUGCUAUUAUAAAGAGUGAAUGCUUAGUAAAGGAGAAAGCACCGGGUCUGAGCUAAUGGGUGGUGCGGUGCAGUACACAUACUUUCUUCAUUAAUCUAAUACCCAUAAGUGAAUCUAAUUUGCCAGAGGGGUUUAUGGAAACUGAGAGAAACAUUGUUCCAAAAAGUAGUUGAUUGAUGAAUUAAUGUGAACUGUCUGCCAGUGUUUCAGCAUUUUACGUUCCAACAGAGUGCAUGUGCAGGCCAGUGAUAUCUGUCUAUGAGCUGACAUUAGUAAUGAACUUUUAUAGUAAAGCUACUCCAUUUUGAACUGGUCUGUUUUCAAACUGGCGUGAGUUCAUAAAAGUCCCUCUGUCAACGGCUUUCAUUUAUGUCUUGGAUGUGCAUUCUUCAGCACACUCUGUCUCUGUCUUAUUGAUUACUUUUCAUGCACAUGCCCACAUGUCUUGAUUGUCUUGCUGCCGUUGAUGAACGCCUCUGCAUGUCAUGGCUCAUUGUAGUGGAUUACGCAGUAGCAGCACUUUGCUGCUUAAAGCCAAUCAUCUCAGGGAGUUUUUCCUUGCUACCAUCAGCUUGCUCAUUAGGGACAAAUUUAUCAAUUUAAAAUUCACAUUGGAAAUGUAUAUAUUUCUAUAAAGCUGCUUUGUGACAAUGUCCAUUGUUAAAAGCGCUAUACAAAUAAAACUGAAUUGAAUUGAAUAUUUUUUAGCUGUCAUGUUACCCUGAUCCUCAAUGCCCUAAGUGCUCUCUCUCUCUUUAUGGAAUAUGAUUUCAUGGAAAAGCUGGUUUAGUAAGGUUUACUCCAUUCCUAAUGGAGUUCUGAAUCUUCCUAGGAUCCCCCGGUGUUUCUCACAGAGAGUGUCAGCGUAGGCAUCUGUGAAGCCUGUUAUCUUCUGUUGUGUCUGAUCCGCUCCUGCCAAAACAACAUGAUGAGUACCUCUUCACUGAGUCAUCAUACACCUUCAUCCUGGUGUUUGGCUGUCUGGUUCUGUCUGUCUUCUCCACCAUCCCGGAUCAUAUGGACCUCUCUAAUCACUGCCUACUCAUACUGGAGUUUGUAAUGAUCGUUGUGUUUGGUCUGGAGUACAUCAUUCGCAUCUGGUCUGCCGGAUGCUGCUGUCGCUACAGAGGAUGGCAAGGGAGACUGCGUUUCGCCAGGAAGCCCUUCUGUGUCAUAGACAUCAUUGUGCUCAUUGCAUCCAUUGCUGUUGUGUCGGCCGGCAGCCAGGGGAACAUUUUUGCCGCGUCUGCACUGCGCAGCCUUCGCUUCUUACAGAUCCUGCGGAUGGUGCGCAUGGACCGACGAGGGGGUACCUGGAAACUACUGGGAUCUGUAGUGUAUGCCCACAGCAAGGAGUUGGUAACUGCCUGGUACAUUGGGUUUCUGGUACUGAUCUUCUCAUCGUUUCUGGUUUACUUGGUGGAGAAAGAUUUAAACACACAGUUUAACACCUAUGCUGAUGCACUGUGGUGGGGGACGAUCACUCUUACUACCAUUGGCUAUGGAGAUAAGACGCCACAGACCUGGCCAGGUCGGCUCCUGUCAGCGGGUUUUGCUUUGCUGGGGAUCUCUUUCUUCGCCCUGCCUGCGGGGAUUCUAGGCUCUGGCUUUGCUCUGAAGGUGCAGGAGCAGCACAGACAGAAACACUUUGAAAAGAGGAGAAAUCCAGCUGCCAGCCUUAUACAGUGUGUUUGGCGUAGUUAUGCGGCUGAUGAGAACUCGGUUUCCAUUGCUACCUGGAAGCCUCAUUUGAAGGCAUUGCAUACCUGCAGCCCUACAAAGAAAGACCAGGGCGAAUCCACCACCAGUAAGGUUCAUAGUAAUAGGCAGAAGCUCUUCAGGAAGUAUACCACAAGGAAUUAUAGUCAGAAACUGAGCUUUAAGGAACGGGUGCGCAUGGCCAGUCCUCGUGGUCAGAGCAUUAAGAGCAGGCAGACAUCACUGAAUGACAGACGCUCUCCUGUGACUGAGGUAGCCACAGAGGGGAGCAGCCCAGCCAAGGUACAAAAGAGCUGGAGUUUCAAUGACCGAACACGUUUCCGACCAUCACUCAGGCUCAAGAGCCAGUCACGCACUAUGCCUGAAGCUGACAGCCUGGGAGGAGAGGAAUGUUUUGAUGAGAAGGGCUGUCACUGUGACGUCACUGUGGAGGAUCUGUCUGCUUCUCUGAGGGCAGUCAUCAGAGCUGUCAGAAUAAUGAAGUUCCACGUGGCCAAGAAGAAGUUCAAGGAGACUCUGCGGCCAUAUGAUGUGAAAGAUGUGAUUGAACAGUACUCAGCCGGGCACUUGGACAUGCUGUGUCGCAUCAAGAGUCUCCAGACUAGGUUGGAUACAAUAGUAGGUCCACCGCGGACCCUGAGCAGCAAAGCCAAGACUUUUUCCUCUCCCUCCCUGCACUCGUAUUACAGCCAAGACAAGAGGAAGCACUCUGCCCCAGGACUUGUCACAGGCUUGUGUCCACAGCAGAGCCUCAACAGCAAAGCCAGGAACCUGUCCUCUCCUACUCUGCACUUGUAUUACAGUCAAACCAAGAAGAAACACGGCAGCUCAGGGGUGGACCAGAUCUUGGGAAAAGGGCAGAUACCCAUGGACAGGAAGAUGAGGGACAGGAUCCUUCCAGAGGGCGAGUCUCUGGACCAUGACAUGAGUAUGCUGGGCCGUGUGUGUAAGGUAGAGAGACAGGUGCAGUCCAUUGAGUCAAAGUUGGACUCCUUGUUGGAUAUCUACCGUCAAGUUCUCAAGAAAGGCUCUUCCUCAGUACUGGGCCUAUCCGCUCUACCUCUGUUUGAGCUGGAGCAGACCUCAGACUACCACAGCUCCAUUCAGAGCAAAGAUAUCUCCUCCACUCAGCUGAGCAGAAGUGGGAUUUCUCGCUCAGUCAGCGAUAACCUGCCCUGCGGCCUUCAGCUCGUCCUGGCACCCAGUGAGCUAAACGUGGGCACUGGCUUCCCAGCAUCCUCUUCCUCCUUCUCCCCAUCUUCACUGCUUCAGAAUCCACCAUCUAGCCCAGACAGUGUGUACCCUGCUUCCCCUCCUCCCAUCCUCACUCCCAACAACCUCUCCAGAGCUCAUUCUAACUUUCCUGAGCUAACCAGGCCUCUUCCUAUGACCACCCCCAACACACACACACUUCAGCUGCCCACUGUGGCUCCAUUGCCUCCAAGCAGGCCUUCCAGCAUGAUCUCAGAGACGCUGCAAGAAAGCAAUCCCAAUGCUUGCCUACUUAACACCCAGACUGAACCCGUUUCGGACACAGAUGCUAAAUGUUCAGAGAGCACAGUGCAGCUCAGGAGCAGGCCUGAGCGGAGCCCCAAGGAGGAGGGUUCCUGGCGGAGACACUUGAGUCUUGAAAUUAAUCCACUGAGCCUCACAUCUUCAGCAGCAGUCAACCCACUGCAGGUCGACCGGGCAUUGGGGAAGUCACUCUCUGCACAGAACCUCAUGCUGCCAUCAGGCACAGAGUGCCACCCCAAUCUGUCUGCUCGAAGUAGUGGCAGCAGCAACAACGAGUCCAAUGACCGGGAGAUGCUGACGGACUGGGGAGAAACAGAACUCUUCAUCACUGACAAAGAGCUGGCCACCAGCAAGGGGAACUUCAACCUGCUCUCUCAGCAGAGCACAGACACCAGCUUCACAACGGAGCUUGUACAAAUGGUAGGCAGUGGACCAACUCAGAGCCAGACAAGGCCCUCGGGCAGCUCAGAGUCUCUAAGUCUGCCUCACGUCCUUUUAAAUUAACACCAACACACACAGCAGCCUCAGUGUGGAGACUGGAUACACCCUGUAAUCCCUUAUUCACUUUUUCCAAAGGAAAGAGGGUGGCAGCUUCACUUCUUGCCUUUUCUAAGUUUCAGCAUCAGUUGGUUAAAAAGAUGUGAUGUUCCUCAUAACUUGAUGUUUUUACAUGCUAUUGCAUGGAUAAUUUUGUCAUGAUGGGAAUUUUAAUGAAGUAGAAGGUAUUUAGCAUUAAAAGAUGACAAGGAUUAUGGUACUGAAUGAGCUCUGAUCUCAGUCUUGCAUGUGCACUUGCAUGUUUAAAAUGCAACCACACAUAGGAUUGAGAGUAUUUAUGCAUUUAUGGUUAUUAACGGUCUACUCAGUCUUAGAAUUCAUAUUUGAGUCUCCUUUUAUAUCAUGCUUUAUUCAGAAAUGUAUGUUUUAAUUAAGUCGAAUGUUUCACCAGUCAAAUAAAUCACACAUAAGCACCAUGUCCAAAAAAUAGUUUUAACAGGUUCAAAUAAACAGGGUUUAUUUUCUUCUGUGUGACUGCCUAGAAACCUGCAUUAAUACCAUCAACACUGACUUCUUUAGAUUUUUUUUAUAUAUGUUCUUAUUGUUUAGCCUCACAUAUUACAUAAUUGAUUUCACAUUUGUAUUCUGUUUUAUUCUGUAGCCCACCGCAAUCUUAAAGUCAAUCUAAAAUGCUGCUUACCAUUCUUCUAUUAGCUGGUUAUCAAUAUGUCUUCAAUAAGAAUGUAACACAUAUAUGAUGUCAAUAUCUGUUUGUAUAUCAUGAAACAAGCCUACUUUUGUUGAAGGAUUUCUGGAGCUGUGCAAAGCCUCUGGUACACACUGAGGAUGAUCUUGGCACUGUAGCUUACAACAGUUGGAAGCACAAUUGUUCAAAGAAUUACAAGAAACCUGCAAAUUUGAUGAAAGGUUUUUUACAUAAUUCAUAUUUGUAAUCCAGCUAUAUGGACAUGAUGGUAUAUUAGACUCUGGAUAUUGAUUUGUGUUUCAUUGAUUCACUACAGCAUACAUAUAUUUGAGUUGCAAAGAAAAAAUGUAGAUUAAUGUUAAUAAUUAACGCAUAUUAGGUUAUUUUUUAUUUGUAACUAAAUGCUUCAUUGUGCCUUUUUGCAUAAUUACUUGAUGUUACCUGUCCUAAUUCCCUUUAUACUCUUACUUUGGGUUUAGGUUGGGAUAAUUACACAUUUCUGUCUGAUUGUGUACUAAGCCUUCGUUAUAAUUUUGUUUUGCCACUAAUUCAGUAAUUUAUUACACAAAACUGGCCUUAAUAUACAGUCAUGUGAAAAAAUAAGUACACAUGGAAAUUGUUGACUUUUUUUGACAUAUUUGGACAAGCAAUUAUUUGUCCUCUUUGAAACAGUCCCUAUUAAUGAAGUUGAUACACUCUAUCAAAUGACACAUAACAUUGACCUUUUGUAGUCAUUUGCACCAUUUAAAUGAACAAAAAACAGAUCAGUCACAUGGAAAAAGUAAAUACACCCCUACAUUUAUCACACCUUCAAAUCCAUAAAAUUAGAAUGAGGUGUUCAAGAUUAUUUAUACCUCUGUCAUAUCUAGUGUUUGGUGUUCCCUUUGUCAUUGAAGUGUGUGGAAUCAUCAUGCCAAGAUCUAAAGAGUUCUGUAUGGCCUUCAGAAAAAAGGUUGUGGGUGCCUAUGAGUCUGGCAAGGGAUUUAAAAAAGAUCUCCAAAUGAUUUGGAAUACAUCAUUCCACUGUAAGGAAAAUCAACUGCCAACGUGUCCACGACUGGCCAUCCCAGCAAAUUCAGCCCAAGAGCAGACCGUCUGAUGCAAAAAGAAGUCUCCAAGAACAAGAAAAUUGAAUCACAGUAUCUCCUAGUAAGUCUUGCAAUUGUUGGUGUCAAAGUGCAUGCUUCUACACUCAGAAAGAUUGUAAUUUGAUCAAAUUUGAUCUGCAUGGGAUGCAUGCCAGGAAAAAGCCUUUACUGUCUUGAAAGAACAUUGAAGCAAGACUACAACUGAGCAUAUAGGCAAAGACCAGGCUUUUGGAAUAAUAUACUCUGGACAUACGAAUCAAAGGUGGCCACAGUAACAGCAGACAUAUGUGGCGCUGACUAAAGACAACUUUUCAGGAGAAGCACCUCAUGCCAGCUGUGAAGCACGGUGGUGGAAAUGUUAUGGUUUGGGGUUGCUUCGGUGCCUCAGGGACUGGACAGUUUGCAUUCAUUGAGUCACUAUGAAUUCUGCAUCAUAACAAAGAGUGCAUGAAGAUAAUGUGAAGCCAUCUGUCUGAAAGUUAAAGCACACUAUCAAAUCCACCAAGGAAUGGCUCAAAAAGAAGAAAUGGAGGGUUAUGGAAUGGCCUAGUCAAAGCCCGGACCUGAAUCCCAUUGAAAUGUUGUGGGGGGAUUUGAAACGGGCACUACAUACAAGAAAACCCUCAAACAUCUUGCAACUGAAAGAAUAUUGCAUGGAAGAGUGGUCAAACAUUCCAGCAAGCCCAGUGGACAAUGAUACACCUACAAGAAGUUAUUUCUGCUAAAGGGAGCAAUACUAGCUUCUGAGGCCGAGUGUACUUCAAAGACGAUCAAAUGUUUGUUUGUCCAAAUAUGUCAAAAGAGCCAACAAUGUCCAUAGGUUGUACUUAUUUUUUCACAUGACUGUACAUGCUUGAUAAUGUUACCAUUCUGUCAUUCUGAUUAAUUUAUUUUUUAACUAUGUGCACAUAACAGAGCUGAAGCUCUGGGUUUGAAGAAAAAAUGCAAGAAUAAACUUUAUCAUACUUCAAUAAACAAAUGACUUGAACUCA